AUGGUUUGGAAAGACCAGAACGAAGAGUUCGUAAAGUACAUGGAGGGUAUCUUUCUCACUGCGGCACCGGACCCCGACCCGCCCGACCAAAAUGGAAGCAGUCUGGAGAGAACAGAUCAAGGGUUUCGAAACAGAAGAUCGGGAAGUCCUUCCGCUGUUCGGGUCUUCAGACAAGUCUAUGCCCAAGGAGGGGCAGGUCAUGGCCUCGAGAUGAAGCUCAACACUGAGCCUUGA